UAAACCAAUGCCAAAAAAAGUCAGUUCAGAGUUCUUUGCAUUUAGUUACAGUUCUGUUUCAUCGUUCGAAGAUUAAAAUUCAACUGUUAUGUCGGGAAAAACAACUUGUAAAGAAGUCUGCUCGUCGUGCAAAUGUACAGUGGUGGAAAAAACCAUAGGCAAAGAGAAAAAGGAUUGCGUUGCAACCAUAGUUGGAGUGUUAUCUUUGCCUGAAAGUUUCUGCAAACCAAAAGAUUGUUGUGAGGAUCCAUGUCAGGAUAAAUGCGAAGACCCAUGCGCCGAUCCAUGCGAAGAUCCUUGCGAAGAUCCUUGCGAUCCAUGCGCAGAUAAAAGUCUUUGUUGCGAAGAAAAGGAUGAAUGUGUUGACGUCUAUCGUGACUUGGGAGAAUGCAUCAAGAAAGCUAUAGUCAAGACUAGUAAAACGUGCUAGAUCAGUGGAGUUUUUAAAAAUACUAUAUUUAUUUAUUCGCUUGAAAAAAAAUUAUUUUAUUUCAUCUGUCGAUUAUACGGUUUAAAAUUAAACUUACUGCAUCCAUGAUUACGAUAUAAUGAUAACAUUGUGAUUUUUUUUUCAUAAAUAUUUCCGUGAAUAAAUCAUUUAUCGUAUGA